AUGGGACCUGGACUGUGGAGCAUGGAGGACUUGGAAAAUCUGAAGGCGCAGGAUGACGAGCAGGGCUUGGGCAGGACGGAGGUUUCUGAUGGGACGGAGGGUAGGUUAGAUGCUAGUGAGGAGACAUUCCCUCAUGGCCGGCCUUUAGAGCAAGUUGCUGAACUUGAGACUAGGAAGCGGAGUGGUGGUCCCCGAUUGGGCGACCCAUUUGGUAUUGAUGACGCCUCGCCGAUGGGAGGUGAAGGGGUGGCCGGCCAGGGCCAGGACAGGUGGACUAAUACACAUUCCAAUACAAGUGAGUCUGCCUGGGAAUGAAUUAAGAAGGGCCAGUCUCCCAUAACAUGCCCUCCGACUGACAGAAGUGAAGAUGAAAUGAAUACUACGGACACCAACGAGCCGAAAGUGGGGGGAUGGGCAAGUCGUGCAAGUCGUGCCCCGAUGAAGAGGCACGGCGAAGGUGCCAAUAGAGAGCUGAGGACAGAUAGCUUUUCAUUCUCCAAGUCCGAGGAGAAAAGACAAUUUUUGAAGCAAGAAGCACAGAAGGGAUUCGAUGCCAAGGUCAAGAAGGAAUGA